UCCGCGCCGACAGGAAGGGGAGCUCUCUCCCUCAGACGGGACUCUGAUGCCGGGCUGCUCUCUCCGGGGCAGCGGCUGCAGGAUUGGGCAGCGACCAGAGAGCGGAACCCCCUCCAUCCUCCUCCUCCUCCUCCUCCUCCUCCUCUCUGGAGAUUUGCGUUAAAAACCAAAAGCAAAGGCCGGAGCUUUGUCAACAUAGCGGGAUUUAAUUCCAGUAGUUUAUUCGUCUCCCUCAGACUGCUGCUGCUGCUGGUGUAUGUGUUUAGAAUGGGACCCGCUGAAGGUCCAGUCAAAGAAAAAGACAGUUAAGGAUGCAGGAGCCCAACAAUGGAUUUCUCCUUCUCUUUCAUGCAAGGGAUCAUGGGAAAUACAAUUCAGCAACCCCCUCAGCUCAUUGACUCAGCCAACAUCAGACAGGACGGCACCUGUGACACCGGCAGUGACCCGGGUGAGGAUGGUGGUCCCUCCUACGAUGCUGCCUUGGAUGCAGAGUUUCCCUACCCGUCGUCAGCUUCCGAGGACAUGCCGCAGGUCCCGAAUGGAUACCCGCCGGGUCUGGGCAUGUACGAGCCACAGACCAAGUUUUCCAUGUACUCUCAGUUCCCUAACGGCUCGGCUAACGGCUACGGGCCCAUACGGAGUUAUGGAGAGCACGCCCUUCUGCCAGGAGAAGGAACGGUCCUGAGAGGCCCCGGUCUCCAGGAAAGACCCCUGUCUCCUGUUUCUCCCCCGCUGCCCACACAUCACCCGCACUUGCUCCACCAUCACACACAUCACCACCACCAUGCACACCCUUUCCACUCAAACCCACCGCAUAUACAGACCCACUCUCAGCCUCAGAGUCCCCCGCCGCCCCCACUACCCUCACAGCAUCACCUGCACCAGACGCCUCACAUCAUGACCCACAAUCUCCCACCUCCUCCUCCGUUACACCUGCCUUCCUCGAGCCCUCCCCCCUCUCUCGUGGACAGUACCCCCUCUCCUCAGCCGACCCACACCCCAUCCAACACUCAUGGCGGGGUGCUGAAGAAAACCAGCUCUCCAGAGAUCAAGCUGAAGAUCAUAAAAACCUAUCAGAAUGGAAAAGAGCUGUUUGAAUCUGCGCUGUGUGGAGAUCUGCUGCAAGAGCUGCAGAAUGAGUCUCAGAAGAACGACGAUGCUCAGAUGCAGCGCAGACAUGAGAGGAAGAAAGAGAAGAGGAAAAAGAGUGCGAGGUUGCAGCUGCAGACCCAGGAACAGAGCCCUGACCCGAGCCAAACGCAGGCAGGUACAGCGGGCCAAAUGGAGGACAUCCACGACGAACCCCAGCCCAUAGAAUCGCCGCCGGUCGAGCCGGAAAAUCCUCAGCAGACUGUCAUCCAAACUGAACCAAAGACGCCUAAGGUUCCUAAAGUACAUUAUCCAUCAGUCAUCCAAGAGACUGGCUUCUGCAAGGAGUUUGUAAUUGGAGACCUAGUGUGGUCUAAGGUGGGCACCUACCCCUGGUGGCCCUGCAUGGUCUCCUCCGACCCGCAGAUGAAGGUUCACACUCGCAUCAACACCAGAGGUCACAGGGAAUAUCACGUCCAGUUCUUUGGCAGUGUUGCUGAGCGAGCAUGGAUCCACGAAAAGAGGAUAGUCCUAUAUAUGGGGAAACAACAAUUUGACGAGCUUCAGGCAGACACUCUGCGCAAAACUACAAACCCCGUAGAGAGGCACAAGCUAAUGAAGCCUAUCCCUCAGCGGGAGCGUUCUCAGUGGGAAGUGGGCGUGGGCCAUGCUGAGGAUGCCUUCGUCAUGACACGACAGGAGCGAAUCGACAACUACACCUUCAUUUAUGUUGACCCUGAGCCCGCCGACGCUCCACCCAGGAAGAAGCCCAACAUCAGAGCCGAAAAACGAACUCGACGCUCCAGUGGCUCCGUUGGUAAGAAGGAGGAAAGAGGCGGGAAGUCACCGGACAGAGAGCAGGAGCAGGAGCAGCCACCGCCGGAACCGGCUCCGGCUCCACCACCACCGCGAAGACAGCUACCGAGAAGACGGUGCAGUGUUACAAAUACGGAUGACAGCGCGAACUCCCAGCUCUCAAAAGAGGAGAAGAACCAGAAGGGGGACCAGUGUAAGACAGGCUUAGCAAAACAGAACGCCGGCUGCGAUGGAGGAGUACGGCAAGACUCGCCACCCCCCGUUAGGGCCUGGAAAACGGCAGCUGCCAGAAAGCUGCUGCCUCUCUCCAUCACCAUGAAGAGGCUGAAUGUUGAGAUCACAAAGUGUGACUGGCCUCUCCUGCAGAAAAAAGCAGCUGUGUCGCCGAAGAAGGACAAGGAAGAAGAUGAGAAGGAGGAGAGAGUGGAGAGAGAGGCCAGGCAGCCCGACCUGGGCUACUGUUCACCUGAGCAGGACAGCAGAGCUAAACCUGAGCCCAGUCCUGAGGAAGAGGAAGAGGCUGACGAUGGGGAGGAAGAGGGGGACGAGAGGAGAAGCUCCCCUGCCAGUCGGAGGAGUGAGGAAGGAGGAAAUCAGCAGACGUCCUCUCCUGGAUCACAGCACAGUAGCCCACAAGGUUCUCAGGAGAGGAAGCUGCAGCGGCGGUCGGUCAGGAGCAAGUCUGAAUCAGAGAGAAGUAACGAUCCCGUCCCUAAGAAGAAAACCAAAAAAGAGCAGGCGGAGAUGGCUCCAGAGACCACACUAAGGACGGGUUCACAAAAAGGAGCCAGUGAGAUCUCAGACGCAUGCAAGCCGCUGAAGAAGAGAAGCAGAGCGUCGACAGAUGUUGAGAUGGCUUCAUCUCAGUACAGAGACACGUCUGAUUCUGACUCCAGAGGCCUCAACGACCCACAGGGUUUAUUUGGGAAGAGUCUGGACAGUCCAGCAGCUGCAGACGCAGAUGCUUCAGACACCCAGUCCGUUGACUCUGGCCUGUCCCGUCAGGACAACAGCACAGGCAGGAGAGAUACCGUGUGUCAGAUCUGCGAGGUGUACGGAGAAGGUCUGGUGGUGUGCGAGGGCGACUGCAACAGACAGUUUCACCUGGAGUGUUUAGGUCUGUCCUCUCCCCCUGAUGGCAGGUUCACAUGCUUGGAAUGUAGAAAUGGAAAUCAUCCCUGUUUUAGCUGUAAAACUGCUGGCCGGGAGGUAACCCGUUGCUCCGCGUCGGGAUGUGGUUGUUACUACCAUGAGGACUGUGUCAGGAAACUCCCAGGAACCACCAACAUCCCUGGUGGAGGCUUCAGCUGCCCUCAGCACAGCUGCUCUACCUGCUGCCUGGAGAGAGACCCCCAACGAGCCAGUAAAGGUCGUCUAAUUCGUUGUAUCCGCUGCCCGUUGGCCUACCAUACCGGAGACGGCUGCAUGGCGGCAGGCAGCGUCACCCUCACCCAUCACAUCAUGAUCUGCAGCAACCACGGCAGUGCCAAGAGGAACGGCCUCCUCACCUCCCCCGUCAACGUGGGAUGGUGCUUUCUCUGUGCCAGAGGGCUGUUAGUGCAAGACCUUACUGACACCAUAUUAAGUUCAUAUGCCUAUAAGUCCCACUACCUUCUGACUGAGUCAAAUCGUGCUGAGUUGAAAUUACCUAUGAUUCCCUCUCCUUCGUCAGCUACCAAAAAGAAUGUUGGGAAAGGAGGCAAGUUGCUGUGCUGCGACUCAUGCCCAGCUUCCUUCCACCCGGAGUGUCUGGAGAUGGACAUGCCCGAGGGUGCGUGGGCCUGCAGCGACUGCAGGGCGGGGAAGAAACCUCACUACAAACAAAUUGUCUGGGUCAAACUGGGCAACUACAGGUGGUGGCCAGCAGAGAUCUGCAACCCUCGUUUGGUGCCGUCAAACAUUCAGAGUCUUCGCCAUGAUGUUGGCGACUUCCCCGUCUUCUUCUUUGGCUCUCAUGACUAUUACUGGAUCAACCAGGGCCGGGUCUUUCCCUACGUCGAGAAUGAUAAAAACUUUGUCACGGGUCAGAUCAACAUCAACAAAACUUUCAAGAAAGCUCUUGAAGAAGCAGCCCGGCGGUUUCAGGAGCUUAAGGCACAAAGGGAAAGCCGGGAGGCUUUAGAGCAGGAACGCAACUCCCGCAAACCGCCACCUUACAAAAUCAUUAAGUCCAACAAGCCGGUGGGGAAAGUGCAGAUGCAUGUGGCCGACUUGUCAGAAAUCCCACGAUGCAACUGCAGACCAACAGACGAGCAUCCGUGUAACCUUGACUCCCAGUGUCUCAACCGCAUGCUGCAGUACGAGUGUCAUCCACAGGUGUGUCCUGCAGGAGACAACUGUGAGAACCAGUGUUUCUCCAAGCGGUCGUAUGCAGAAACGGAGGUGAUGAAGACAGAGGGCCGCGGCUGGGGCCUCAGAACCAACCAGGCUCUCAGGAAGGGUGACUUUGUCACCGAGUACGUUGGGGAGGUGAUAGACUCGGAGGAGUGCACACAGCGAAUGAAACGCGCCCAUGAAAAUCACGUGACCAACUUCUACAUGCUCACCCUCACCAAGGAUCGCGUGAUAGACGCCGGCCCAAAAGGAAAUUCUUCCCGUUUUGUGAACCACAGCUGCAACCCAAACUGUGAAACCCAGAAGUGGACAGUAAAUGGAGACGUUCGCAUCGGGAUAUUUACCCUCUGUGAAAUCGAGGCUGGCACAGAGCUGACGUUCAACUACAACUUGCACUGUGUGGGCAACAGGAGGGCGUCCUGUCACUGUGGCUCCGACAACUGCUCCGGCUUCCUCGGCGUGCAGCCAACGAGUCCCCCGGCGAUGGAGAAGGAGGAGAAGGCCAGGAACGCCAGGUUGAAGCCCAAGAAGCGGAAGCUACGGCCGGAGGGCAAACACGCGCACGAGUACUUCUGCUUUUGGUGUGGAGAAGGAGGAGAGCUGGUUAUGUGCGACAGGAAGGACUGUCCAAAAGCGUAUCACCUGCUGUGUCUCAACCUUACCAAGCCACCGUUCGGACGCUGGGAGUGUCCGUGGCACGAGUGCAGCGUCUGCAGCGCUUCAGCUUCAUCUUUCUGUGACUUCUGCCCCCGCUCUUUCUGCCCGGAUCACGAGGCGGGGGCUCUCACCCCCUCCUCUCUGGAUGAUCGCCCCUGUUGUUCCAGCCACGACCCGCUGAGUCCGCUCGGCCCCAGUUCAGAUCAGCUGUGCCGCUCCAGUCUGAGCCCCGUCAGGGUCAAGGAGGAGCCUGACGCGGAGCAGCCGGCCGCAGAGUGACGGCGCCACUCCCCACAAUACCUCAUUCCCCGACAAGUGGGUUCUGAUCCGCAGCAGCACACUUCCAGAAGGGAAUCCAGUGCUUUUUGACCAUUGCUGUGGCUGCUAUUCAGAGCCGGGACGUGUAGAUGAACACGUGGGUGCUGUUGACGGUGAGAGCAGAGCAGCCGGAGGGACAACGGGGGAAGUGACCAGCCUCGCUGGUGCACUGUUUCCUCUCCUCUCUUCCCAGAUGACACCACUACUUAUCCUCUCUGUGACUCUCCUGCGCUCAUCCCAGGGGCCCAGACCAUCACCUCAUUGUGUUUUCCUUCAUAAUUAUUAUUUUUUUUUAUAUAUAUAUUUUUUUUUUUUACAGCCGUGGAAGUCAUAAGUGUUGUCGUUGUCAUCGGUUAUGGCACUUUUGAAGAACUCCGUGAGUAAAGUGAAGUGAGGAAGAGGAGAAGGUGUGGAGUUGAAGCACUUCACCACAGCGCUGCUCCUCUCCUCGUUGACCUGCUGUAAACUGUGGCCAGCAUCUCACACACAGGAUGGCUCCGACACGAGUCGAGCCAGCUUUUCUCCAUCGCCUGUGACGCGACUUAAAUCUUCUUCUUCUCGUAGGAAAGGAACAGGAGAAAUGAUUUUUGUGCAAUUGUUUUGUUUUGUUUUUGUUCUUUUUCCAGGACCACACUACAUUCCAGCGUUCCUAAUUCAUGUUUUUAUUAUACUUAUGGGUAUAGAUGAAUAUAAUUAUAUACAGUAUCUAUGUUUGUUUAAUGUUUACAGACAGAUUCUCUCACUUCAUCUCGGUGAGUGGUGUAUUAUGUUUAAGUGUUGAACAUUACGCAGACCUCCUUGUGAAAAUAGUCCUAUUAAGGUGAAAUAUAAUGGAAUAUAGUGUAAUGGUAUGACAUUACAGAAGUACUUGUGAUUUCGUAUUACCAAUCUCACCUGCCAUUGUGUACAUAAUUGGCUCACGAUAUUGUAAAGUAAUUAAAGAUCAGGAGGGGCGGAGCCUUGCGUCUCUUGUUGCUCCUGAAAGAAGGAAACGCUUUUCUAAAACAAAACAGAUCCUCGUCAUUUUCUUUUUAGAGUUAUAUUCUCACACGUCUUCUGAGUAGUUCCUGUUCUUUGUAUAGUAGAUGGAGGGGCCCAGCUUGUGAUCCCUGGUGCUGUCUUAAAGUGUUGUUAAUAAGCCUUAAGUUCAGUUUUUGACUGUAGUACGUACUGCCCAGAUGCAGUCCCAUUUCAGUUCUUUUCACCUGUGUACUGUGACAGCUUUGAUGCUCUUUUGUUUGGUUUUUUUCAUUUUAACUUUUUGUUUUGUUUUGCCAAACUUCUUCUGUAAAGCACUUUCACACGGCUCGUUGCUACACAAUUUAGCUGGGGCAAAUAAGCAGAAAUGUAAGAUCAUAGGACAAAUGUUUAUAAACAGAUACCUCUUCUUGUAGUAACGUUGGAAUUUAAGCUGUGUUAACGUGGUGAAUAAUCAGCCUGUUUUGUUUUUUAAAGGAGUGUGGCCUAAUUGCUUGUAUUUGUUUUUCGUUUAUUCUCUUUUGUUUGUUUUUUGACACAAAUAGGAAUGACUGCCACCCCAGCUUCGUACAAACAAACAAACAAACAAAAAAAAAAGUCCUUGGCACCACUUCUGUUUCCACCUGGAGGAGAAAAUCCUCAAGGGUGGGCUUUAUAUCGAGCUGUAAGGGUGUAACAACUGUCCAGUGUAAUGUACAAACGCAAACUUCUGUACAGUGUUUUUAAUCGCUCAUAUUUCAAAUCCAAAUUCUUUUGUAUUUAUUGCACCACAUUUUAUACCGAUUUCUUUUUCAAACACCAGUGCAGUAAUCAGUCUCCCUCUUCACCAAGGUGCAAGUGAAAUGGACAAUUAAAAAGGCAAAAAGAAAAAAAAAAAAGAUUAAUUUUACAUGUUGUUAUGCCUGUGUCUUACCAUUUUCUUACAUUUGGUGUAAUGAUUCCACAUUUGGUAACAGCAGCUGCUCAUUGGCCGGUGUCGUUGACUUGCUGUCGUUGGUGUUCAAAGCAGUCCAGUAUUGGAGUGAAACGUUUCCAUUUCAGAGCAGUUUGCCUUUUUUGUUUGUUUGAUCCCAGAUUUAGCAAGGACACGUGCGAUCAUUACAAGAGGAAACUUCCCUGUAAUCACAUUUGACCCUUUUUAAUUCUUCCCCGGCUGAGUGACUAGAUUGUUUUUCUUUAAAAAGGUGGUUUUCCAUUUGUUUCAGACGUUGGUGUUAAAACGUCAAUCCACAGGGUGAAAUAACGCCAGUGCUUCCAGAUUUUUUUUCAGUUAAAGGUGUCCUUGAAUGUAAAGAGUAGAUGCACUCUGUUGUUUUAGGUGAAAAUGAUACACGAGUCCUGCAAUCUUUCUUUCCUUUUUUCGUUACUGACUUUCUGAGUUCUUUGGUUACAUGUUGAAGGCUGAUGGUUACGGUUGUGUUGCUGUUUUUAGCUGCCAUGUCAUUUCUUUUGUGCUUCAAUUAUAACACAUUACAGAAAGGGUCAUUAGCAAGAUAGGUCAUCACCAAAUUACAAAAUGAUUAUUGUAUUGAAUCUAAAUUUCUUAUGGACUUAUUUCAGGACCUUUGUGUUUGGCGGACUUAGAUCAGGCUGCUUUUACCUGAUUAACUGGCAGCUGAAUGUGUAUUAUAAAAGUUAAAGGAACGGUUUGGAUGAAAAGGAGGCACAGAGUGCUUAAAAACUUAUUUUGUUUCAAAUUCUAAAUAUGAUGUUCUUCUGCAAUGUUUGCAGAUUAUCCUUUUUUGUAGACUGAAACUUUGACAUUGUGUUUUUGCUCUAGGGACUUAAAACGUUCAUCUAUCACAGUUCUUCAGUAUUGAACCACGAGUCAGGAGUUACUGCUCUCACACAUGCAUUUAAUUUGUGAAUAUUUAAAAACAUCCUUCCAGUUUUGGAUUCUGCCGAAUAAAAGUUAAGACUUUCAACGAAAUGAAAUGCUUGAAUAAAGAGGAGAUUAAUAAAACACAAGAGAACAAAGGCCAUUAAAAUUGUCCUUAUGCUUAUAUUUUGCUUGUAUGAAACCUGUUCUGUUAAUCUUCAAAAACAAAAAAAAACUAAACUUUUUAGAUGUCUUUUGGAUGUUAAGCACUCCGCCGCCCUAUCCUUUUUUUUUUCUUGUUUUGUUUGUUUUAAAAAUUCAGUGGGUGAAUUAUUAAGGCACAUGUGCAUACUCAAAGCAGUAUGCAUCUAAACUUGAAUUUUCUUUGUUUUUAAUUUUAUUUUCUUUCAACACAUGUUUUAUCCUUGACAGGCAUCCUUGACUCUUUCUUCUAAAAAUGUCUGCUGGUAACUCAUGAUGAUAUUAAUGUUCUGUAAGCCUUCUUUUGUUUGUUUUUGCUGGAUGCAGUUUAGUUAAAAAUGCAUGUUUCCAAUGUCAGACAAUAAUUUAAUGCCAAUGCCUUUCAUUUAUUUGUGUUUUCUACCAUAUUGCACAGAGAUUCUACUAAACCGAACAGCCGUUAUACAUUUUUUUCUUUCCCUUUGCACCUGCCGAUCACAUCACACACACAUUUCUUUGUGCCAGUUUGUCAUCUGCCCUGCUGAGCUGAUACAGCAGCAGUAUUACAAAUUUAGAUGUUCUUGCUUUCACCAAAAGUAUGUGAUGGUGGAUGCUUUCUUUAUUGUCCACUUUUUCCUUGUUUUAUUGUGUUUUUUUUCCAGAGACAGCAUGUUUGUUCCCAUUUAAGUGACCCUUAAAUAUGCCUGAGGAGGAUUUCUUUUUUCCACUUAAGUUUAAGAUGGACCACCUUUGUAUUACAAAGGGCAUGUUUCAGUUCACUGUGAUGUCUUCUGUUUUUUGUGCAAUGUUGCCGACUGUCAUUAAGUUUUUACUUGACAUGCUGUCAAAUAGUGUUGGAAUAAAUGAAUAAAUUCA